UUCAUGAAAAUGUAUUGAAGUGAAGGCAAAACAGCUACUACUUCUGCUUUUUUCCCUUGGUCAAUUAUGGCUAUCAAGUCCUGGUUAAUCUAUUUGGCUACUUUGACCACACUAUCUUUUUUCAUACUGAUCAUGUACUUGAAAAAGGUCUACAUCUUUGAAGAAAAGGCAAAAGUUCACCUUUUACCAAGAGAGGUGGUGUGUCCGGAUACCAUACCUUUGACAUUAAAUAUGUCCCAACCCACAGGGAUUGUUAGUAGAAUCUACUUUUUGGAGACCUCGGACAGGACAAGUCCAACCUUUCAAGCCAUGUGUGCUGUGGAAUCUGCAGCAAGAGCCCACCCAGAAGUUAAGGUUACUGUCCUGAUGAAAGGUUUAAGUGGCCACAGCAUGCAAGAGAAAAACUUUGGCAUUUCUCUUCUUAGCUGCUUUCCCAACAUAGACUUUUCACCCUUAAACUUCAAGAAACUCUUUAACAAUACUCCAUUAAGCACUUGGUUCUCUAAAGUAGAAAACCAAUGGGCAUUGUCAGACUAUCCAACGCUUUCUGAUGCUUGCCGCUUGGCCAUCCUUUGGAAAGAGGGCGGUAUCUAUUUGGACACAGAUUUUAUUAUCCUAAAAAAUUUAAAAAAUAUCACAAACGCGAUGGGUAUGCAGUCUUUGUAUACACUUAAUGGUGCUUUUCUCACAUUCCAACCACAGCACAAGUUCAUUGAGCUUUGCAUGAAAGACUUUGUUGGCAAGUACAAUUACUGGUUUUAUGGUCACCAAGGUCCACAACUCUUGACUCGAGUAUUUAAGAAGUGGUGUUCAAUUCGAAGGCUUAGGGACAAGAAGAGUUGCCGAGGUGUCAAUGUGCUUUCAAAAGAGGCCUUCUACCCUGUCGACUGGCAGGAAUGGAGAAAGUAUUUUCAGGUUAUUGAACCAACUGAGUUGGAAAAGCUUUUAAAGGACAGCUAUGGUGUUCAUUUAUGGAACAAAAAAAGCCAAGGGAUAUUACCAGAGGUGGGGUCGUUUCUGGAACAACUUCAAGACAAACAUUGCCCUACAACAAACAAGUUGAUGAAGUUGUAUUUAUAAACCCUGGGCCGCUGACUGGAUAUGUAAUAAUGCUGACAUAUUGCUAAAUAUGGGGCUUGACUUAUGAGAUGUUGCAUUUUACAAGACUGAAUAAGAACAAGAGUAUCCAAUGUGGUGUACGGUGUUUGAAGAUGUAUUUAAUCCAUCCUUUGGGGAAGGUUUACCAGCUUUACCUUUUUUGCCCUUCCAGGUUUUGUGGCUGGUUGCUCAUAAUCCUCAGUGAAUGUUAUUUCCAAAUAAGAUUACAUUUCAAGGUUCAGGAUGAAACUUUCACCUUUCUGAUGAAUAUUGCUCAGAGAAAAAGCAAUCCGGUAACAAGAGGUUACAGACGUCAAUAAGAGAUUCAGCUAUAGAUGAAACUUUAAACAUAUAUCUGUUCCAAUAAUAGUUUAGUCCUUUGAAGCAGGCAGUAGAUGCACUCAAUGGGACUUAAAACAGGAGGAAUUUUCCAAUUUAAUACAGUGUCCCAGAAUGAAACUGACGCAGCCACCCCAACGACAAGCCAACGAUGGAAUCUGUCACUCCUUUUCAAGGGUGUUUACCUCGCCUAAUGCCCUACAGUGCAUUCUGCACCCUGAUUGGGCAAAGUCUUGCCCAAUCAGGGCGUAGUAAAAGCUGGUUGUUAGGGAGCAGGAUCGGGAAGCUGGCCGCAGUGUCCUUAACAACUGAUGAGUCAUCAGCUGUCAAUGGGCUUCCCCGCUAACAGCUGAUAAUAAAAAAAUU